AAUGAUGACCUUUGCUGUACUGAUUCUCAUCCUGACAACUGGAGCUGCCUUUAGAGAGGGGGAGUUUCCAUUGGACAUGAAGGAGAACUCUGUCGAUGAUCAGUACCAGGGAUGCGCAAUGAAUAUGUCACACAUGGUAGAGAACACAUUUCUAAAACAGGAACUUGAAAGUUCAAAGAACUUCAGUGCAGCUUGGAGUAAAGGACAGAAGUGGUGCUCCAGUAAUAAGAAAGGAGAUGAUUUGGGAGGAAUUAAUUACUGCAAUGCCUUGUACGUUUAUACUCUACUUGACCCACUGGUAUAUCAAGCUUUCAAUGGUGACACUCGUAAUGGGACUGCACAAUACACAGGAAAGACAUAUCACUGGUAUUCUCUUCACUUUUUGUUAACACGCGCAGUACAAGUUCUGAAGGAUAGAGAGAGGAAAAACGGAAUUAAAUGCAGAUCAGUGUAUCGUGGUACAGAGGAUCAAUUUGAAAAAGACGUUCUGAACAAAGAGAUUAGAUUCGGCUCAUUCACAUCUUCUACCCUCGACCCCAAUGUGACAAAGAGCUUUGGAAAAGUGUCGUGCUUUGAAAUCAACACAUGCCAUGGUGCCGAUAUCACCGAUUAUUCUGCCAACCCACAUCAGAAAGAGGUGCUGAUUCCUCCAUAUGAGAUAUUUACAGUCACAAAAGUCUCAGAGAAAAGAAACAAUCCGUUGUGCGACACUGUGUAUAAGCUGGAGAGCACUGGGAUCAGAAGUGACCUCAACUGUAAGGUCGUGCUAAAACAGGCCUCAGGCAAAUCUCUGAUUUAUCACAAAUAUGUGCAACCAAUUGUGGAUUUCAUUCAUAGCCUUUUCUUUCUCUGAAAUCCUAUGGUGAUG